CCACACUCAUGCCUUGCCACCGCGCCGCCCACUCCCUGCUUAAGCUGAGCAAAAAGACUGCCCGCCCCAAAGGCGCAAGAGUCUCCCGCCUGCUAAUCAAGAGACACUCCUCCAAGGCCAAACUUCCUACGCGAGGCACCGCUUUCGCAGCUGGAUAUGACCUGUACAGUGCUGAGAAGAAGACUGUACCCGCUCAUGGCAAGGCACUUGUCGACACCCAGCUAUCCAUUGCAGUCCCAAACGGGACAUACGGACGCAUUGCGCCGCGUAGUGGCCUUGCGACAAAAUUUAUGAUUGAUACCGGUGCCGGUGUCAUUGAUCAAGACUAUCGGGGAGUCGUGCACAUCCUCCUCUAUAACCUGUCAGACAAGGACUUCGAAGUGGAGGAAGGCGAUCGCGUCGCGCAGCUCAUCAUCGAACGUAUCUAUACCCCCAAGAUUAAAGAAGUUGCAGAGCUGGACGAGACUGUGCGGGGUGUGGGCGCGUUCGGCUCAACGGGUGGGCAUAAUGCCCUCUGAUGUGUCUCGUUCUGUGUAGAACAUAGUCUGUUUCUUGUACGGGAGUAUGUAUUCGAUAUUUUUAACGUCUGUAUAAUAGCCCUAGAUUACAGCUUUUGUCACAUAAAGCCUCAAUGAUCAGCCACAAGGGAUGAUGGUCUGAGUCGUAAACGGCCUGACUGGAACAUCUACCUGCAAGACGUAAUAGAGCGCGUACUUUACCUUCGUUGCAGCUCGUGAUGCUGCCCCUGGAACCGACGAGAAGAGCAUAAUGAUACUGCUAGCAGCGAGGAUGGAGGAAUGGUUGAAGGUGUUUGAAAGCUCGGCCAAGGAGCCACGUGCCGCUUGCAUUCACACAGCCCACGAUGAACAUUGACACCACCAGUGCUGGGCUGCCGAAACGAAAUUAGCACGAUCUUGUGAACGAGCUUCCGCGGACUCGCAGUUUGUUUACCACAAUCUGCAGCGAACACGAGCGCUCGGCCAAUCUGGCUGAGCCGUUGCAACUUUAACCUUCAACGGUCAAUGUUCAAG